UUUCGAUCCGGUACAGACACAUCCACGCACACUGAGCAUUGCAGCAAGAGUACUUGGAAUAGUACCACACCAUCUCUCGUCUCACUCUUCUGACCCAGUGGCCUGCGCGUUCUAUGAGGGGCCACGUGGCGCAUUGUCCCUGACCACUGCGAAGGUGCUUUGCUACGAUGAGCAGACUUGCCUUGCCUCGUCCACAGCAUCGUAUCGAGAGCCUCUCUGUCCUUGCCUAGAGCUCACAUCGCCUUGCUACCUUAGCUUCUGCCUUCAUCUCAAUCAAAGGAGGCCAACAUCUGCGCAAGCGGGUCGUUGAUGUAUGACUCCGCCCCGCCCAAAGUCGUGCAUGCCUAUCAGCCCUGGAGAUCCGCUCUGCCUGGCCCUCCACCUGCCUCCGCACCUCCGCCCCCUGUCACACUCACCUGCUACCCACCGUCUUUCGGCACUCGGCCAUUCCAGAGGUCUCGAUUCGCCUCUUGAUCUCCACUAAACACGAUGCUACCCAGCUUCGUCUCCCUUGAUCACUUCCGGUCGAGGGUGUACCGAUCACGCCUGGCGUUGGUCGUCCUACUGAUCCUUCUGAGCGGGAGCGCAACCUCGCCAUCUCGAUCCUCAUCUGCGGCUUACGUCGACAUCGCCGUGCGUCCAUCCAGUGGAUCAGCAUCCCCUCAGAUGCCUGUUGCCUCGGAUGCUUUGAUCCAAGACGCUGCUACUAGCAUCAGUGGCUUGUCCAAAGCAGCCUCAUGGGUGCAGCAGUACCUCCCUGUUCGCAUACCAAUUGCGGCUACCCCAGCCGCCCAUCCUCCUGAAUCAGUCGCCCCGGUCUGGCAUCCCCCUUCGCCAGUAUGGAAGGCACGCAGCUGGGUCACGACAUUCGUAGAGGACAAAGUGGCAUCAGAUACAGCCCUCUUCAAGUUGCAGGGGCAAGGACAAAGAGAAGAGGAACACUUGCAAGCUGCAACAAGAGGCUCCCCUGCCCGUUUGUCCUUGGCCAUCCUCCUCACUCCGACCAUAUUCCCUACCCUCCUUCAGUUACACAUGCUUUGGCUCGUGCGAUUCACUGCGGGAGAGGUGGAGGGAAGGACCGGCUUGCAGCACAAGGACCUGCGCUUCUGGCCGACGAUUGUGACCCUCCUCUUCCUCAGCUCCUCGAUAGUCACAAUCUUGCUACCCAACACGACAGCCUAUCUCCGGCAAUUUGGCGAUCGGUGGUCCUCAGUGGCGAUGAAGCCCCUGUCUCCACCAGGGUCUCUGUUCCCAGCCCUCCCCGUGCUUCUGCUCGAGGCGAUUCCGACAUUUCUUUCUCUUGCGCCCCUGCUGAUUGCGGUCUUCCCAGCGUCCUUGCCCUUGCAGGUGCGGGUCAUCUCGCCUUCUCACGCCUCUUGCGUACUCGGUGUCGUACCUCUUUGGGUCAAAGCUCCGUUCCUGCCGGCAGAAAGAGCUAGAGCAAGGGCACAGGCAGCAAGGGGCGGAAGGUCUCGUCGACACCGGGACGGUUUGGGCAGUCCAUUUCAACGUAGUGGUCCUACGGAGCCUGAGGCUCCCCCAGGAGAUUCGACUGCUUUCGACAACUCUGGCGCUGCUGAAUCUUUCCGCCUUCUCCAGCUGCAGCAAGACAUGGUCGAUGAGCUAGAGAGAGCCGGCAGACUAUCGCCUUCAGCUAUCGAUCAAGUCCGUCAAGCAGUGCGGGAGCAAGCACGCUCAUACAGUGGCAAGGCGCGCCUUCAGAAGCCAAAGCAGAGGGUUGUUCUGCCAGUCUCAUAUAUACUGUCUGUGCUUCUGAUGCUAUCAUCGUCCCUGAGCCUUAUCAUAUGCUACGCAUUGAUCGGCUUGCGGCUACCCACCCUGGCUCCUACGAGCGCAACUGCUCUCGUAGAUCUGCUCGCGCUUCGAGCUGAACUAGGAGCAUUGGUCAAAUAUUGGAAUGAGGAACGCCGGAGAGUGGAAGGCCUCGAAUUUAUCAGAAGAAGGUGGGGCAUCAGCACGAUGACUAUAAGACCUGGCCCUGGCCGUUCGGAGACCGACCGAUUGAGGUGCCUUGAAGGAGGGGCACAAUGUUCGAUUUGCUUUGAAAAGAUUGAUUGGAUCAACGAGGAAGAGGACGUCGCAAGGCUGGACUGUGGCCACGAACUGCACGCACCCUGCCUGGUUCCCUGGCUUCUAACGCAAGCUUUCUGUCCGGUGUGCCAUCGAGCUUUGCGUCCGGGAGGGGGUGAUGUGCGUCCGGCUAGAGGCGUGGCUGCUACGAUGGGCAGAGAAACACCAGUCUCGCAUCUUGAGGGCGCUGGUACGCCCACGUAG